UGACUUUUUUUAAAUUUUCAAAUUUCUCGCCGCUGGCGGCGCCCGUACGUCUCGACGUCACAGGGACCGGAACACAGAAGCCAGAUGCCGGCAUCGGCCGGAGGAGAUGGCUGGGGAUGCUGCAGGGGACACAUCGCGGGAGCGAAGGACAAGGUAAGUGAAGAACACAUGCCGGAGCAGCGCCGCAUGGUAUUCCCGAGUGUAGCUCGGGGUUACCGCUUUUGGUACUGAAAUGUUACCCCGAGCUACACUCGGGAAUACCGCCAGGGAGGUUAAGG